AGCCCGAGCAGCCGGGCACUCGCUCUCGCUCCACCUGGCGGGAGCACCCCGGCCUGUGUGUGGAGGAACUGGUCCCUGGCAAUAUGCUCUCUGUGGUGGGCCCUGGCCUCGUCAUGUCUCUGCUGCUGUUCCAGAGGGCCCUGCCCUUGGCCGCCCACUCUGUGCCCGCCUUCCUGGAGGACACGGGGGGCAGUGGGGAGACUGAGGGCUCAUCAGCCUCCUCCCCAAGCCUCCCACCACCCCGGACCCCGGCUCUCAGCCCCACAUCGGUGGGGCCCCAGCCCACGCCCCUGGCGGGCCCCAAGCCCCCCAUCAACUUCUUGGACGGGAUCGUGGACUUCUUCCGCCAGUACGUGAUGCUUAUCGCAGUGGUGGGCUCCCUGGCUUUCCUGCUGAUGUUCAUCGUCUGCGCCGCUGUCAUCACCCGCCAGAAGCACAAGGCCUCAGCCUACUACCCCUCAUCCUUCCCCAAGAGGAAGUACGUGGACCAGAGCGACCGGGCUGGGGGUCCCCGGGCCUUCAGUGAGGUCCCGGACAGGGCUCCCGACGGCCGGCCCGAGGAGGCCCUGGGUUCCUCCCAGCAGCUCCAGGCUGACAUCCUCGCCGCCACCCAGAACCUCAAGUCACCCGCCAGAGCUGCCCCGGGCACUGGAGACGGAGCCAGGAUGGAGGGCAAGAGAGAGGACGAGGAGAGAGGCAGCCAGCAGGAGGACCGGGAAGCCCAGGGGUGUGGGGUCCCCGCGGAGAAACCAGAGGUGCCGGAGGAACCAUGCCCGGCGGUGGCAGAGGGGUUUCUGGUGGCCAGUGAAGGUCAGAGGGAGCCAGAAGCAGCUGCUUCAACAGCCCAGGAAGCCAGGCAACCGGCCGGUCCCCCUGAGAGCCCCUGCGCAUGCGGCAGUGUCACCCCCAGUGUCUGACAGUCCUCCGGGGCUGCUGGCGCUGACUUAGAGCCCUAGCGGUCGCCUCCCUGGGCACGGAGAGGCCCUCGGCCCUUACUGCUCUCUGACAACCCCUCCCUGGCCAACCCCUGCUGCAAAUCCCAGCGUGUCCUGAGCCUCCCGCAGGCAGACAUGCCGGUCUCCUGUCCAUCCCAGGAAUCUCAUCAAGUUCCAGAAACAUUUGCCCCUGCAGUCCCAAAGGGCUACGUCCCAGAGCCCCGCUCCUCUGGGGAGGCGGGGAUGGGAAGUUGUCCCCGUUACAACCAUGAUAACACGGAGCAUGAAAUCAGCCACGUCCAUUGUGAACCGUGUACUGUGGGUCUCUGCUUUUCCAAGGAGGUAGAGAACUUCACAGGUAACCAGGCGUUUCUGAGGAGGCUGAAGGGCUGGGGUUGGUGCAGUUUAAGUCAGGUGCCCCUGCAGAGGGGGUCUAAUUAAUCGGGAAACUUCUGAGGGGCCCCUGCACACAUCAUGACAGGGCCUUACAGGAGCAAUUCCCAAACUGGGUUCCCUGAGGCCCUUCAUGGAAGUGAGAUUUUGAGGUGUAAUGAGUUCAGGAAACACUGCCUCUCUGCCCCCGCGCCCCCGCCUAGAGCCCUCCAGGGCUCUGACAAGUCCGACAGGGGAGGCCCCUGUGGAAUCUGGUUUCACUUAAUCUGUCCCAAACUGCUUUUGACCUUUUGACCAUGGAGUGCUUUUUUUUUUUCCUUUAAACACUCUGGAAAUGUGUCUAAAUGUUCCUGAAGGUGCCCGCAGUUUCUGGUUGUUCCGGGGUUAGGGAUGUGGGGGCAUCUCUGCCUAGGGACCCACUUCUCAUCCAGGCCCUACUUUGGGAAUGGAGUAAGUGAAUUGAACCUUUCUUGCAGGCCCCCAAAGCAGCCUAGAAGCGGGAUGGCUAUGUGUGAGGGGCCCCCCAGCCUGAGGGAGUCUGAGGGGAGGGGUUCCCACCGCACUACACCCACACUGUGGUCUGGCAGCCUGUGUCCACUGCCCUCUGCAGUCCUUGACGAGGGAGCCUGAGCUCCGUCCUGAUUUGGGGAGUUUCUGGGGAGUCUACUCUCCUUAUGGCGCCCCCCAACCUCUGCACAACUCUCUAGGUGCUGAGAUAUGACGAACCAGCACAAUAAACGUUUAUUUCUGG